UGUUGUUCUCCUCCACGGCCAACUCUUUCGAUACCCACAAACACACAGGCAGACAGAUCAACAUUCUCCAAGAUGGGUUGGUUAUGGAGCUCUUCUUCCUCCCCAAAGGACCAACAGCAGACCCCUUCCCCUCCGCAACAAUCCCCUCCGCAACAAUCCCCUCCGUCCGACAAUGCGCUGCAACCACCACCGAAUACCUCCACUCCGAUGAAGACGUUGACUCGGGAGGAACAGGCAGAUGAGGAGUUCAAGAAGCUCUGGGCGAGCUUAGAGAGUGAUGUGGGGAAAUCAAAAUCGCUGCAACAACCACCAUCGCUGCCGCAAUCAGCAGAGUCCAACCCACCAUCGUCCGAAUCACAACAACCUUUGUCCUCCAUCGCCCCCGAAUCCCUUUAUCCAGAUACCAUGUCCUGCCGCUCGGCCUUUGACUACGCAUUCUUCUGUCAAUCAUUUGGAGGACAAUUUGUCAAUGUGUACCGAUAUGGAGAGUUGCGGUCGUGCAACGAGCACUGGGACAAUUUCUGGCUCUGCAUGAAGACCCGGUCUUAUUCGGAUGAGGAGCGCAAGAAGGCGAUUCGGGAUCACAACCGGAGGAAGGCAAUUAAAUACAAGACCGGACCGAGUAGCGAGGAUGUCUGGGAUUUGAGGACUGAGCCUGCUCGAACCGCCUUUCAGGGAGACUUUUCGACGCUCGAGAAGGAAAUGCAGCUGGAAGAAGAGGCACAAAAGGCCGCAACGACUUGAUGCUUGUUUCUCUCCUCUUUUUUUCUUAUUAAUAUAUGCUAUAUCUAGAUGGAUACCUAUCCCAAGCAGAAUCUCUGUACAAUACAAUGAAUUGUUAGUCAUGUCUAUUGGCAUCCUGGCACUCGUGAACUUGCCCGCGACUCUUUAUCCAUCAUGACAGGGAUUCGGAAAUGAAACCAUUUCUGCUUCUGUUUUAAAUCAUGAGAGCUAAUGAUCUAAAUCAAUGAGAUGGCCCUUUUUCUUUGUCUUGCGACUCCCGAGAGGCCCAAAGAUCCUUUGACAGUCAUUGUUCAUUGUCUCGAGUCUGACCCUGGACAAUCCAGUCCACUCAUUCAGCCACGCUGACAAAAGUACA